AUGGAUUCCGAUGAAUCUAUGUUCAGUAUGGGUGACGAGUCCGAUGGCUUCGUCCCCGAAACCAAAUCGAAACCCAAAGCUGCGCCUAAAAAGGCUGCCGCGAAGGCCGCGCCUAAGAAGAUGGUUCAGUCUACCCUCAAAGCAAAGGCCGCGCCCAAGAAGCGCCCUACUCCAGAAAGCGAUGACGACGAUGUGAGCGUUACCUCUACGCCGCCCAAGGCAAAGAAACAAAAGAAGGAGGAGGAGGAUGAUGAUGAUAUGGCCAUCGACAGCCCUGCCAAACCUGCCAAAUCGGGGAAGCAGAAGACUGCCACCGAAACGUACCAGAAACUCACACAGCUCGAGCACAUUCUCAAGCGACCUGACACAUAUAUCGGUUCCGUCGAAAGAACAGAGCAACAAUUAUGGGUCUUGAACAAAGAGACUCAGCUGAUGGAGUACAAGAACAUCAGCUUUGUGCCUGGUCUCUACAAGAUUUUCGACGAAAUUCUCGUCAACGCCGCCGACAACAAGCAGCGCGAUGGCUCAAUGACAUACAUGAAGAUUAACAUCGACCGCGAAGCCGGCGUCAUCAGCGUCGAGAACAACGGAAAGGGUAUCCCUAUCGUCAUGCACGAGGGUGAGAAGGUUUACAUUCCUGAACUUAUCUUCGGACAUUUGUUGGCAGGUUCCAACUUCGACGAUGAUGAGAAGAAGACUGUUGGUGGUCGUAACGGUUACGGUGCCAAGCUAUGUAACAUCUUCAGUACCGAGUUUAAUCUCGAGUGUCAAGAUAGUGCAAGUGGAAAGAGGUACAAGCAGACAUGGACCAACAACAUGACAAACAUCCAAAAGGCCAAGAUCACUGCCAGCAAAACUGCUGACUUCACCCGAGUUACGUUCAAGCCCGACUUCAAGCGCUUUGGUAUGGAAAACGGCAUUGACGACGAUCUGGAAUCGUUGUUGUACCGCAGAGUCUACGAUAUGGUAGGCACCAUCCGAGGCAUCAAGGUGCACCUCAACGGCGAGCAGAUCAAGAUCAAGGACUUCAAGGCUUACUGCGAUCUUUACGCCAAGUCUAUUGCGAAGGAAAGAAGCAGUGAGGAAGGCGGCGCUCCCACAUGCACAGUAGAAAUGGACAAGGACAAGUCGCAUCCUCGAUGGGAGGUCGGUUUCGCUGUCUCAGACGGUACUUUCCAGCAAGUGUCGUUCGUCAACUCCAUCGCCACAACAAGCGGAGGCACACAUGUCAACUACAUCGCCGAUCAGGUUACCAAAAGUCUUCUCGCCACGCUCAACAAGAAGCGCAAAGGUCACACUCUAAAGCAGGCUCACCUGCGAAAUCACAUUUUCAUCUUUGUCAACUGCUACAUCGACAACCCUGCAUUUACAUCACAGACCAAGGAGCAGAUGACAACCAAGCCUAGCAUGUUUGGCAGCAAAUGCGUGCUGGGUGACGACUUUCUCAAGAAGGUAGCAAAGUCGGAUGCUAUCCAGAACAUCUUGGACUUUGCCGAGAAGAAGGCCGACAAGAUGAUGGCCAAGAGCGACGGAAACAAGCGAUCCCGAGUAAACAAUGCCAAGCUGGUCGAAGCCAAUUUUGCUGGUACAAGAAGGGGUCACGAAUGUACUUUGAUUCUGACAGAAGGUGACUCUGCCAAGGGUUUGGCUGUUUCUGGUCGUGCUAUCCUCGAUCCUGACCGCAUUGGUGUCUUCCCACUGCGUGGUAAGCUGCUGAAUGUGCGCGAUGCUUCGCCUGAUCAGAUCGCGAAGAACCAAGAAAUUCAAAACAUCAAACAAUUCCUGGGAUUGAAGCACAAGGCAUCCUACACCGAUACAAAGAACCUUCGAUAUGGCCAUCUGAUGAUCAUGGCCGAUCAGGAUCACGAUGGUAGUCAUAUCAAAGGAUUGCUCAUCAACUUCCUCGAAGUGCAGUUUCCCUCGCUUCUCAAGAUUCCCGAUUUCUUCCGAGAGUUCAUCACCCCCAUUGUCAAAGUCUGGCAAGGUCCCAACCCAAAGAAGCCCCAGAAGCUCAAGUCCUUCUUCACGCAGCCCGAGUACGAGGAAUGGAAGGACGAUCACAAGAACGAGCUUACUCGAUGGCAUUCCAAGUACUUCAAGGGUCUGGGAACCAGCUCCAACGAAGACGCACAAGUCUACUUCACCAAUCUUGAUGACCACUUGAAGGAGUUUGAGACUAUGAAGCCUGAAGAAUCCAACCUGUUGGAGCUGGCCUUUUCCAAGAAGAAGGCAGAUGCUAGAAAGGAAUGGCUGGGCAACUUUGUCCCUGGUACUUUCCUGGAUCACUCUACCAAGUCAAUCACCUACUCUGACUUCAUCAACCGAGAGCUUAUUCUCUUCAGUAUGGCUGACAACAUGCGAUCCAUUCCAUCCGUUCUAGAUGGUUUCAAGCCUGGUCAGCGCAAGGUGAUCUACGCUUGCUUCAAGAGAAACUUGGUCAAAGACAAGAAGGUUGUUGAAUUGGCUGGUUAUGUGUCUGAACAGACAGCAUACCACCACGGUGAACAGUCGCUCCAGCAGACUAUCAUCGGUCUUGCUCAGAACUUUGUCGGUUCGAACAACAUCAACUGCCUGGAACCCAGUGGAAACUUCGGUUCUCGACUUGCAGGUGGUUCUGAUGCUGCCAGUCCUCGUUACACCUUCACUCGACUGUCGCCUUUCGCCCGCAAGAUCUUCCACCCUAUGGAUGAGCCCAACCUGCUGCACCAUUAUGAAGAUGGCAAGAAGAUUGAACCAAUGGUUUAUGCCCCAGUUCUUCCCAUGGUAUUGGUUAACGGUGCCGAUGGUAUUGGCACAGGUUGGAGUACUUCCAUCCCCAACUACCACCCUGCAGACAUUGUUGAGAACUUGAAACGCCGAAUGGGUCGUUUUGAUGAGAACAAUUCCGAGGAAAGGCCUUUCGAGACCAUGAUGCCAUGGUUCCGUGGUUGGAAGGGUACACCUGAAGCUGCUGGUCCCGAUCGCUACAAGUUCAAUGGUGUCGCAUACCCCAACGAUCAGAAGGAUAACGAGGUUGUUAUCACAGAGCUGCCUAUCCGUACGUGGACCGACGAUUUCAAGGCGCGACUGGAAAAAAUCAUUUCUGGUGAAGGUGGCCCUUCUUGGAUCAAGGAUUACAAAGAGUUCAACGACCAUAGCACUGUUCAUUUCGAGAUUGCAGUGGACGAGAAGCACAUGGGCAAAGUGAUGGAAGAGGGUGUCCUCGAGCGAUUCAAGCUCACCAAACAAGUCGCUACCUCAAACUUGGUUGCCUUUGACACCAGUGGCCGAAUUCGCAAGUACGAGAAGGUAGAAGACAUCCUCGAGGAGUUCUACCAGUACCGUCUUGACAUGUAUACUGACCGCAAGAAACACUGGUUGGGUGUGUACCACGCAGACUUGCGCAAGCUCCAAAACCAAGCGAGGUUUAUCAAGGAAAUCAUCGACAACAAGCUUAUUGUUGGCAAGAAAAAGAAGGCCGUGCUUGUGGAGGAGCUUCGCGAUCGCGAUUACGAGGCAUUCCCUCCUCGUGCGGACAAGAAGAAGACAGCGGACGAGGAAGAGGAGGACGAUGAUAAUCAGGACGUUGAAGGAGACUCUGAGGGUGGUGCCCGCGAUUACGACUAUCUUCUCGGGAUGCCUAUCUGGUCUUUGACCGCGGAGCGUCUUGAGAAGCUCAAGCAAGCCAUCGAGAAGAAGAAGGCCGAGCAUGAGGAACUUCUCGCUCUCAGUGAGAAGGACCUCUGGUGUCGCGACCUUGAUGAUUUCAUGGUCGAGUGGGAGAACCAACUUGCAGUUGAUGCCGAAAUCAAGACAAACAUCCGUCGCUUGGGUCGCCGCGUUUCGAAGAAGAUAGGUGCUGGCACCGCUCGUGGCCGUAAAGCCAAGGAUGAUGACGAGUAUGAGCCUGAGAAGAAGGCCCGUGGAAGGCCCAAGGCUGGUGCUGCGGUAGCUAAGGCGGCUCCUAAGCCAGCUGUCAAGACGGAGACAAAGAGUGCUCAGCGGUUCGCCGAGAUGUUCAGUGCCAAGCCAAAGGUUAAGAAGGAACCUACGGCCGAUGUCAUGGAGCUCUCGGAUGCUUUCUCCGACGAUGACUACGCCGCUCUAAGCCGCAGCAAGUCAUCAGCUCCCGCAGUCAAGACAUCCCAGUCCCCGCCACUCGAGGCACCGGACACCGGGCGAGUCAAACGAGCCGCUGCAUCUAAGGUCAAGACAGUCAUCGAUGAUGACUCCGAAAGCGACGAUGAUCAGAUGCUUGGUGAUGUUGGCGCUUUGGUCAAGGGCAUUGAUAAGCCAGCUGGGGGCAGCGAAAAGGGCAGGUUUAGUUUACAUGCCAUGAGCCGACCAGACUCUAGCCAUGGCAACACCACCGCCAGCAGCCUUCCAAAGGCCAAGGCUAAGUCGGCCAAGGCGUUUGACUUCGACGACGACAGCCCUGACGACACCAACUACGAACUUCUCGCCAAGUCGUCGCCACACAAGACGGCACCCAAGGACGAUCACGUUGACAGCUUCCUUUCUGACGACGAGCCUUUUGUUGCUCCAGCCAAGCCAACCGCUGCCAAGUCUAAGUCUACAAGUGCUGAGUCUGACGACCCGACACCGGCCGGUCUUUCUACAGUUAAGAAGGCACGGGGUCGCCCUGCUGGUGCUAAGAGCAAGGAGCCGGCGAAACCCAAGGCCGCCCCCAAGGCCGCUACCAAGGUGACAAAGACCGCCGCAUCAAAGGUUGCCGCACGUCCCGCGACCAAACAAACCACACUAUCGCCAGCAGCCAAGGCAGUCGCUGCUAAAAAGGCCAGCAAGAAGUCUGCGCUUGACGAUGACUCCGAUGAUGAGAUGGCCGAUCCGGAGUCACCACCUCCCAAACCUACUUCAAGGGCACGACCAGGACGUGCUGCUGCCUCAAAACGCCCUAUCGUCGUUGACGACGAGUCUUCAGAAGUCCAAGCAGAGGAAAGCGACGACCCUUUCUCAAUGGACGACGAUGAAGACUAG